CGAACUUUUGCAGACUUCAAAAUCAUUCGCGCGCUCCUUCUCCUACAGGAUACGUAACAGGAAACUCGUUUCUAAUGACGGCGCAGAGCAACCAUGACGACUAACGUACACAGUACUCCGUAAAAGCUCACCAACUGGCAUGGGUUUUGGAUCGACGCCUGGGCAGGCACGUUCACCACCCGCGCCUCCCAAGGAUGAGUGGCACCCCAACGCGUUUCAUCAUGGACAUCUUUUAUCAUAUUUAAUUGUGCCACUUUCCAUCCCACCGCUUUAUACCUGUGCCUCUUCCUCUCACUCUUCCUUCUCGAGCGGCGAACAGGCCGAUUGAGUAUUAUUUCCUACAUCUUUAGUACUCUGCACAGUGACCCCUGAAGUCAUAACACAACAAUCGCCAUCAUGGGCAUCGGCGUGAAAGCACCCGUCGUUUGGAAGAAGCGCAUCUUGAUACCCUUCUGGAUACUGCGAAUAUGCAUCAUGGUCUUUAUCAUUGCCGCCUAUAGCUGGGCGAUUAAGGUGUUGAAGGACCAAGGGGACGGGCGCAAGGGGCUUCCCCGUACUCACUCCAUCGUUCUCUUCAUGCUCAUGACGGUCAUUGUGCUCCUGCUGGAUAUCCUGGCCAUUCUCCUGUUCCUACGCGAUAGAUUGACACCGAACACAUUCCUGGUCAUGACCAGCGCCCAAACCGGAUUCUGGGUAGGCGUGCUCAUCAUGGAGACUGUUGCUGUGGCCAAUGGCGCCAGCGCAUUGGGACUCAUAUUUGUUUUAUUCUGCCUUUUAUCCUUUGUCGGCCUGCUCAUCUACGCGAUCGUAAAGUACCGGAAGGCGAAGAGGGAAGGAAAACGCGGCCAAUACGCGCUCGCCUAUAACCCCUCUGGAGCACCGAUCACGCCAACGGCCGGACACCAUCCUCCCGCGUUCAUGAACGCUGCACCUUACCGGGAGGAGACGACCUACAACCAGACCACCGCUUACAAACCUCAAGGUGCCGAGUUUGCUUCCCAAGUGGAGCCGCCGGCAUAUUACUAUCAAGCUCCGGCGAAACCAACUCAGAUGGUGUAGUGCCGUGAACACUCGGCAAAGGGCAAGGAUUAUAUUUUGCUGUCAAGGUCACUGGGAUGAAAAACGGCGUAUACUAGACUGGGUUUUGGCGCUUGUUAGAUGGGUACAGAAGCAAAAUAUGUUUUGUGCGUAAUACUACAGGAGGCAGUUUCAAAGGCAUACUCAGUUCAUUCUUAGAUGGUUGAAGUUGGACACUCUCGGCUGCGCUUGCACAUGAUUGUCGCGUUCUCCUCACCAGAACCGGCCUCACGGGGCCUCAAAUGUUCAGUGCUUCAGCACCCAGACACAACUGAGAGAUUCUUCUAGCGCAGGAGAACAAACGUAGAAGGGUUGUGGAGUAUCUGUGUCAGCGAAUGUCGAUUAUGUGGAGUAUGAAGUCCAGGACGACUGGCUUAGCCUAGAGUACCUUCACCACCAUCCGAAG